AUGGCGGACAACCGUAAAGUCUUCUUUNUCGACAUAGAUAAUUGCUUAUAUUCCAAGAACAAGAAAGUGCAUGAAUUGAUGGGCGAUCUGAUCGAGGAUGCCAACGAGCUGCAUACGCGGUACUACAAAGACUAUGGGCUUGCCAUCGAGGGUCUUGUACGCCACCACAAGGUCGACGCCCUAGAAUACAACGAGAAGGUCGAUGAUGCACUGCCACUUGAAGACAUCAUGUCACCUGAUCCAAAGUUGCGCAAGCUGCUUGAGGACCUUGACACAUCGAAAGUCAAACCUUGGCUUUUCACAAAUGCCUAUAUCAACCAUGGUCGACGAGUUGUAAAGCUCUUGGGCGUCGAGGAUAUGUUCGAAGGCAUUACCUACUGCGACUACUCGGCUGCCAAGUUCCUCUGCAAGCCGUCACCAGACAUGUUCAAGAAAGCCAUGGCUGAGGCUGGUGUAACAUCUGUUGAAGAUUGUUACUUUGUCGACGACUCUGCUAUCAAUGCUGCCGGUGCGACCAAGUUGGGUUGGACUGCCGCCCACUUGGUAGAACCUGGCGUGACUGCGCCUGUGGCACAGGUCUCCAAAUACCAGAUAAGCAAUCUCGAAGAACUCAGACGCAUUUUCCCACAGUUCUUCAGAUCGACUCAAUAG